AUGUCUGGUCCCUCGCUCUCGAGCCUCUCCCACAUUCUCGAUCCUCCACGUCCGAACCCCGAUCCCACUUCCGGUCCGAACACUGCUUCGGCUCCGGUUCUUUUUGCCUCGUCUCAGCCGUAUCCGCCUCCGCCUGGUCCUGCUGUUGCGCUUGGUGCGAGGCCCUUCAACCCCACUGCCAUCGGACAACCCUCGUCUGCGCCCACCACCACGCCUCCUAAUCCCGCUUCAGCCACGCCUAGUUCUGCUGUGAACAGAGCGCACACGGGGCCAUCUCUCUACGCCUGCGGUGACUGUGGGCGCCGUUACUCGAGACCUGAGCAUCUUCAGCGUCAUGUCCAGACGCAUACUCUUGGCCGUCGCUUCGCCUGCGGCGUCUGCGGCAAGACGUUUGCGCGCGCGGAUCUGAAGAAGCGGCACGAGACAAAUCACGAGAAUGACUCGUCCAAGAAGAGACGCCGUGCCACAACCUCUCCGAGCGCUGGUCGUGUAACCCACGCUUGCAAAGCAUGCGCUUCUGCCCGUGUCAAAUGUCAGGAAGAGAAGCCUUGCCAGAGAUGCGUUCGUCGGGGGUUGACGUGCGUUUCUGCCGAGGCUGGCUCAGCCGCUGCCAUGCAUUUGAUGCAUUUAUCUGCCAACGGGCAUUCUAACACGCCCUACGGCGAUGAACGCGACAAUACGAGCUUCUCUGCCGAUUAUCCAAUGGCUGGUAUGCCCGAUUCAACGCUGCAGGUUCACCACUCUGUUGAAAGAACCUCUCCACUUGAACAGACUCCUCCAUUGAAUUCGGACUCUGGCCAACUAUCUACCCCAGAUACAGUUGGAGAUCACGCCAUCCCAGAUGGCUUGGCACCCAAACUCGAGCCUGGCGCAGGGGGACCAGUGGCCGUGGACCGCCUUCCCUUUUGCGACUUCCUCCGAGAUGUGUUGUACGAACAACAACAGUUUGACCACUCUGCCAAAAUGGCUGAGAACCAAGGGCUUGCUGUCUUGAACUUUUGCGAUGAUAGCAACCUCGAGCUCUCAGACAUGGAUUUUGGUCUGCUGGAUCACUGGAAUACCGAUGGCAUGACUGACACCUUGCCGGUCCAACAGGAGACCCCUGAAACGGACAACUCUGUCGAUAUUGCACAGAUGCGUCAGAGUUUGGUCAAUGCUUGGGACGUGUCUCCCUGGAGAUGGGACCCCGUGGCCAACGACAACGCCUAUGGCGAGCAGGCAAAUCUACCCGUCCCAAAUAGAGACGUUGCUAGUAUACAAGCCCAGGCGGCCAAGAAGGGACUGCAAAAAGUGGUAGACCAAAAACUGGAUCUGUCAGCCCGUGACCGAGUCUUGGCUGUGGUCUUGAGUGCCUGUCGACCAGACUCCAUGUCGAAUCGCAUAUCCUCAUCGUUUCCUUCGGCAGAUGUCAUGGAUACAAUGGUCCACAUCUUUCUCAACUCCCACACUAAUCAAGUAUCGGAAUGGAUACACUUUCCGACCUUCAAGCUGAACGAACAAGAGCCGGAAUGGAUAGCUGGCGCAGCAGUCGGUGGUGCUGUGUUGGCGCCAGUUUCGACCCUACGCAAGUUCGGAUAUGCUCUGCAAGAGUCCGUCCGUCUCGUUAUGCCUAACCGAUUCGAGAUGAACAAUGAGACAAUAUUGAACAUAGGUCUUAUUCAAGCUAUCAUUCUUGGCCAGGACGCCGGUCUCUGGAGUGGGAAUCGACGAAAGAUGGAGAUUGCCGAAUGUCACGUUAAUAUUCCGGUCACGAUGAUGCGAUAUCGUGGCAAGCUUCAGAGAUCCUCCUACCCUUUGAUUUCGGUCGACCCUGCAGAUGAAGGUGCCAUUCUAGAGCAGAAAUGGAGGAGCUGGAUCGAGAUGGAGAAGUGGAAACGACUUGUCUUUCACUGCUUCCUCCGAGAUAGCCAGCAGUCCAUGACAGCUUUGACAAACCCUGUCAUGUCGUAUGCUGAGCUUACACUUCCUCUACCGGCUGCCAAGGAGCUUUGGUAUGCCAAAACGGCAAAGGAAUGGAAGGGCCUCUACCUCGAGCGAGAGGCGGGACAGACUAAGAGGGCGCCAUCAGUAGGCGAUCUUCUUUAUGACGUGAACCUCCUUCCCACGAACCGCCACCGGGUGGACGUGCAGUUCUCGACAGCAAUCUAUCUUCACGCAUUCUGGGCCCUGAUUCUGGAGUUCAGAUGUCUGAGCUCGGCUUGCCGAACGCGAACCUACACGACAAGCGCCAUCGGAGGCUACGGCUCUCUGCUUGGCUCGCGACACCAGCAGCUAGUCCAGGAUCUUCAGGCCUUUCAGUCAACGACAGCCACCUGGCCUGAGAUUUCUGCACAGGAGCGGCUGGUGCUCAACCAGCUCAUGAUGAACCUGCACGUGUCGCUAGAUGACCUUCAGCUCUUCGCGGGCAAGGAGGGAGAGGAUCAGGCACGGCGAGUCUAUCCCGUGCUACAGAAGUGGACUGAGUCUACCGACUCCCGCGCAGCUGUGAGUUGCGCCGGCCAGGUUUUGCGAUUUGCGAAACUAUUCCCAGCUGGUCACUUGAAGAACUUUUAUGCAGUAGGGGUCCAUCACGCGGCGCUCGCCCUGUGGACUUAUGGUGUGGUGACCCGGGCUAGUCGUCGACAAAAUGCGACCUUGCCGCUGGAAAAGGUCUACCUCGACGACCCAGAGUCGAUAGUGAUGCAGAGAUUCAUCACGCUUGGGCAGGGCCGGCCUAUCAUCCGUGGGCCCAGCGGACGCGAGGGAGCAUCCGAGGCAGCGAUCGAGGAUCCAAAGACAAGUAUGGAAGCAGCAUACGAGGUGCUAAAGACCAACUUUUCAAAUGGACAAAGCACAGCUCCGGCCAUUGUCGAGAACCUGUGCGUGUUGAUAAGGCAGCUUGGAAACGCUGCGUGGGCGGUCGGAUUGGGAUAA